CGCGUCUCUUCCACUUUAAGAAGGCGGAUUCGCCUCUGCACACACUGUGUUUAUUACGAGCUUGGAAGUGGCACAUGGAAGCGAUACAGUCAAAUCCCUGUCUCUAAAUAUGGCGAACCCUACUGGCACUGACAGCACAGGGAACGGCCGGGAAGUUUUUUUGAAUUCUGCUUUUCAUUACGACGAAGAGUAGAUGAGUUGGCACAUUUUCUGUACGUAUAUCUGAGGUUGUAUCAACUAUAGUUUCAUCAUAUGGUUCUUCUGCUGCCACACGCGCCUGUAAAUGCGGCAGCGCUGGCGACUCCCGUCACAGCUGGAUAUUAUCGGCUUUUUAGGAGGAACUCUGGAGAGCUGAAGACAGGUCAGGAGAGCAGAGACUGAGAUGGAAGAGCUGUCAAGCCCUAACAGACGCCAGUAAGCGGGUAGAUUCAGUGAAUUAGACGCGAUGGCAGCGUCCAGCAACUCCAGUCUGUCGGGUUCCUCCGUCUCUUCGGAUCCUGAAGAUUAUCAGCCACCGAUAUGGAAAUCGUACUUGUACCAGCUACAGCAGGAAGCACCAAGACCAAAGAGGAUCACAUGUCCUCAGGAGAUGGAGAGCAGACCCAAAUACUAUGGAAGAGAGUUUCAUGGUCUGAUUUCCAGAGAGCGUGCAGAUGAACUGCUGGCUGGUACAGAAGGUGCUUACCUCAUUAGAGAGAGUCAGAGACAACCAGGAACAUAUACACUUGCUUUGAGAUUUGGUGGCCAGACUCUGAACUACCGACUCUUUUAUGAUGGAAAGCACUUUGUGGGAGAGAAACGUUUCGAGUCAGUUCACGAUCUGGUUACAGACGGCCUCAUUACUCUCUAUAUUGAGACAAAGGCAGCAGAAUACAUCGCCAAGAUGACCACAAACCCCAUCUACCAGCAUCUGGGCUACACCUCUCUCCUGAGGGACAAAAUCACUCACCGACUCAACCGGACCCGCUCUGAGCCCAAAAAAGUUACUUUCCAGCAGGAUGAAAAGAUCAGCCCGUCACCACUGAGCCGACGGACCACAAUCAAGGACGGACCGGAGAAACACUGCAAUUAUGAGAAGAUCCACAACUUUAAGGUGCACACCUUCAGAGGGCCGCACUGGUGUGAAUACUGUGCAAACUUCAUGUGGGGUCUUAUCGCCCAGGGCGUCCGUUGCUCAGACUGUGGGCUGAACGUGCACAAACAGUGCUCCAAACUCGUGCCCAGUGACUGUCAGCCGGACCUCCGCAGGAUCAAGAAGGUCUUCAGCUGUGAUCUCACCACGCUGGUCAAAGCCCACAACACGCCACGGCCGAUGGUUCUGGACAUGUGUAUCAAAGAGAUCGAGCACAGAGGUUUGAAAUCAGAGGGUCUGUACAGAGUGUCAGGCUUCACAGAACACAUAGAAGAUGUCCGACUGGCCUUCGACAGAGAUGGUGAGAAGGCAGACAUCAGUGCCAAUAUCUACUCAGACAUCAAUAUAAUUGCCGGAGCUCUGAAGCUUUAUUUGCGAGAUCUGCCCAUUCCAGUUAUCACAUAUGACGUCUACUCCAAAUUUAUUCAAUCUGCCAAAAUAACAGACCCUGAUACUAGACUGGAGGCAGUUCAUGAUGGUCUCCUGCAACUUCCUCCAGCCCACUAUGAGACCCUGCGGUACCUGAUGACGCACCUGAAGAGGGUCACCAUGUAUGAGAAGGACAAUUACAUGAACUCGGAGAACCUAGGAAUCGUUUUUGGCCCAACACUCAUGCAGCCCCCGGACCUGAACACACUCACCACUCUCAACGACAUGAGAUACCAGAAACUGAUAGUUCAGCUCCUGAUAGAGCAUGAGGACAUCUUGUUUUAAACAGCUGAAAGCUGAAGAGCGUGUACAUUUUAAAAAGCAGCCUGCCACACAUUUCAAAGAUAUUAUGUUUUCUCUUUUGUGUAAGAAAUUUGGACUUAUAUGCACAUUUCACUCAAUGUGUUUCAAUUCCCCAAACAAAUACUGAUAAGCAUGGAGUAAAUGAACAUUUGUGCUGAAAACAGAAUUAAUUAUUAUUGAUGGGCAUUUUGUUUAAAGGAGUAGU